GGCCCUGGAGCGGACGGUUCCUACUGCGGCUGGGCACCGGCUCCGCUCCCGCGUCUGCCCGCGCUCCAGCUGCGCCCGGCCCGGCCCCGGCCCGGCUCGGCGCGGCCCCAGCCUCCAAGCGAAGGCGCCGCUGCCGCUGGGCCGCUCCCAGGGCCAUGAGGAAGCGGCGGCAGCCACUGCGGCCCGCGUCAAGGUGACCGGCCGGGACUGCGGCGGCGGGGAGAGCGGCGGACUUCUCCAGACAGGUUAUGUUACCUGCAGAGGCUGCCCUGAAGCUCCCUGUGGCCUGGAGACUAUGUACAAGAGGAAUGGUCUGAUGGCUAGCGUGUUGGUCACCUCUGCCACUCCACAGGGCAGCAGCAGCUCGGACUCUCUGGAGGGCCAGAGCUGCGACUAUGCCAGCAAGAGCUAUGAUGCCGUUGUCUUCGAUGUCUUGAAAGUGACCCCAGAGGAGUUUGCUAGCCAGAUUACUUUAAUGGAUAUACCUGUGUUUAAAGCUAUCCAGCCGGAGGAACUAGCCAGCUGUGGAUGGAGUAAGAAGGAGAAACACAGUCUUGCCCCUAAUGUUGUGGCCUUUACCCGGAGGUUUAACCAGGUCAGUUUUUGGGUUGUACGAGAAAUUCUAACAGCACAGACUUUAAAAAUAAGGGCAGAAAUCCUCAGCCAUUUUGUGAAAAUAGCCAAGAAACUUCUAGAACUCAACAACCUUCAUUCUCUCAUGUCUGUGGUGUCAGCAUUACAAAGUGCUCCCAUCUUCAGACUGACAAAAACCUGGGCUCUUUUGAAUCGAAAAGACAAGACUACCUUUGAGAAAUUGGACUACCUGAUGUCAAAAGAAGAUAAUUACAAGCGGACACGGGAAUAUAUCCGAAGCCUGAAGAUGGUUCCAAGUAUUCCCUAUCUAGCUGCUCUGUGUUUGGCAGUCUUGUGGAGAGGCCCUUGUGGCAUGGGAUUGAGACCUGCCAACGACCACAUGAGGGAGUUUGGAAGAAGAUUCUGCUUAAAAGGAAUCUAUCUUCUGGAUUUAAUCUACAUUGAUUCUGCAUAUCCUGCCUCAGGCAGCAUCAUGGAAAAUGAACAAAGAUCCAAUCAGAUGAACAAUAUUCUUCGAAUAAUCGCUGAUUUACAAGUUUCCUGCAGCUAUGAUCACCUCACCACGCUGCCCCAUGUGCAGAAGUACCUGAAGUCCGUACGCUACAUUGAAGAGCUCCAGAAGUUUGUGGAAGAUGACAACUACAAACUGUCGCUCAGAAUCGAACCAGGAAGCAGCUCUCCAAGACUAGUCUCUUCCAAGGAAGAUCUUGCAGGUCCCUCUGCUGGCUCUGUUUGUGCGAGGUUCAGCCGGAGGCCCACCUGUCCUGAUACGUCUGUUGCUGGCAGCCUCCCCACACCUCCAGUCCCCAGACACAGGAAGAGCCACAGCUUAGGCAACAAUAUGAUGUGUCAGUUGAGUGUAGUUGAGAGUAAAAGUGCGACAUUCCCAUCGGAGAAAGCAAGGCACCUACUGGACGACAGUGUCCUAGAGUCCCGCAGCCCCCGAAAGGGCCUGGCCCUGACCUCCUCCUCUGCUGUCACCAAUGGACUCUCCCUAGGCAGUAGUGAGAGCUCAGAGUUUAGUGAAGAGAUGUCUUCAGGGCUGGAAAGCAGGGGACGUCUCUAUGCCACCCUGGGGCCCAACUGGCGGGUUCCAGUUCGGAACUCUCCCAGAACCCGGAGCUGUGUCUACAGCCCCACCGGCCCGUGCAUCUGUUCUCUGGGGAAUUCGGCAGCCGUGCCCACCAUGGAGGGGCCUCUGAGAAGAAAAACCCUGCUCAAGGAAGGGCGGAAGCCUGCGCUGUCCUCGUGGACCAGGUACUGGGUCAUACUCUCAGGAUCCACCCUCCUGUACUACGGAGCCAAGUCCUUGCGGGGCACAGACAGAAAACACUAUAAAUCCACACCUGGCAAAAAGGUUUCCAUCGUGGGCUGGAUGGUGCAGCUGCCUGAUGACCCUGAGCACCCAGAUAUCUUCCAGCUGAACAACCCUGACAAAGGCAAUGUUUACAAGUUUCAGACUGGUUCCCGAUUUCAUGCAAUACUGUGGCACAAGCAUUUGGAUGAUGCAUGUAAAAGCAACAGGCCUCAGGUACCUGCAAACCUUAUGUCAUUUGAGUAAGUCUCUGCAGGACGUGGCGUGACUUCAGAGGCUUCUGGGAACCCAGGCUGGGCCUGGUGGUGAAGAGCAGUCCUGGGCACAGGCUGUGAGCCAGGGUGCUGGGAAACUCACAGCCAGACUCAGGGGACACGGCCUGUGGUCUCACCAUCCCAGAGGGCUCCACCAGUGCAGGAUCCACCUGUCAGUCCCCAGCGACUCUCAUGACACUCAUUCUGCAGCACCGCCUCUCGGGGCAGUGGUCACCCCGCUCUCCCUCUCUGGGCCCACCACCUGCAUCUGCGACUAGAGAGCACCCGGCCCACGUUGGGUCCUCUGUGCUUUCUACGGCACAGAGUGGACAGCGCUAACUAACCUGCGAGAGGGGCCCGAGAGAAGGAACAGCUGUGGAACAGGCUUUUUACACCCCAAGUGCGUGGGGUUGCUCACCCACAGGGCUGCCUCAGAUUUUGUACAACCCCGAAGCGUCCUCUGCGUGUGCGUGCUGUACAUGUGUGUGUGAGUGAGUGUGAACUCUUCAAGAAACAUGCAUUUUGGCACAAGACUUGUGACAUCACACACUUCAUUCGCUUUGAGGCCCUGCUUUAACCUUAAGUUAUAGCCCUGUCCACCAAGGAAGGUCAGAGUGAGAGCCUAGAUUCCUCCUGUGUUGAGGGUCCCUCAUUCUUUUACUGUAAACAAACAAUGCCUUAAAUUGUGUCUUGUUUUCUGUUCCUAUGGGUGCUAUUCAUCUGGAAGGCCUGUUUCCUGGGGCCCCGGGUCCCUUCCAGGCCUCUUUGCUGUCAGCCCUUCUGAGACAGGACCUGGCUUCAGGACUGUGGACUGGGCUGCUGGCCUGCUUGCUUCCUCCCUUCCCCAUUCUUAGCAGGGCCUGAGGCCCUCCUCUUCUCACCCCUCCCACCAUGCCAGAAUGGGAAGUUGUGACGUUGCAGCGCCAACCGACGUGCUCAUAGUGAUCAGCUGUGCAGGAGCCAGGAGGUGCCAACCUCUCCCUCCCCGCAGGGUGAAGCCUGUGCCCCCAUCAUCAUCUCACCCCUUUGCCUCCACUGCCAGGGCAGGGCCCACCAAGAUUCCUGAUCAUGAAGGGAAGCUGAGUGACCCUGAGACCUUAAGCUUCCCCAGUCUUGGCCCCAAACGCAGUCACCAGCAAGUUUUCCAUUUUCCAAGUCCAAGGGCACAAUUGAUGACCGUGUGACAAGAGAGCAAAGCCCUGGGGAGUGAACAGUCCAACCUCUGCAUUCAGUUAGGAGCUCCUCACAUGAACCACGUCCUUAUCUGUCACCUUUUGUCACAUUUUAAAGUGACUUAUUUUGCACAAAUACAUUUUUAUUCAAAAUAAUAAAUUCCUCUUUAUCACAGUAUCUUCUCUUCCCGCUUCCCCUUUAAUUUGGAUAUCCUAACUCUGAGAAGUUAACUGUUAAACAGUUUUCUGGAAGAGACUGAAUUUCUGGGUCCUUGCAGCUGUCAUGGUUUCAGAGCUCACACUGAUCAGGCAUCAAGCUACCCUCAAGAGUUUCUGGGCUGGAUGCUUCAGAACAACAUUGACACCAAUAAACUGUAAUAGGUCAGUUUCAAAACGACCAAAAGACCCACCACUGUAUUUUGACCAAAUAAUGACAACUUCUCUAGAAAUCUGAAUGACUUGGUGAGGAAAGUAGUUGCCACCAGGGCCUCAUUUUGUAGUUGAGCCUUACUGUGCUUAGUAAUUCAUCUUCCUUUUGAGCAAAGACUAGAAUACUUUCCUGCUAAGAGAAAACUCCAGGUGAUAAAGUUGAUGCCAUCAAACCUUGACACUGGGUGCUUUGCACACCCACGCGGAUGUUGCCCCUCAUUCUCCCGAUGACUAUUCGAAUCAGCAUCUAGAGGCUGAAUGACAGUGCCAAACACUCCAGGCACCUCUGACCAGAACCAUGCAGUGUUAACACUUUAACUUACAUUCAAUCUGAUUCUACCUGUUAACUUCUCAAAAGUCAUAAGUUUGGAUGAAAGUGCAAGAUGUGGAACAUCAACUACCUAUUUUCCUUGGGUUUUUCCAUUCUGCAAACUGUCCAGGUUUUUCACACAUGGAAGUAUUAUAGAUGCCAAUCCAAAACCUCAGAAUUUCAGGCACCACAAAAACAAGUCAUUUUCUAUCCCUUAUAAGUUUGUCUUUUCUUUCACAAAUGUCUCAGCCUAAUUUGAAAUAGCACAAUCACAAUUCAAAAUGUUUAGUCUUCUCACUAAUUUAGUCUGUUUCCACGUCCUCUCCCAAGAACAUUCUUAGCUCGGAAUCUUGAAGAAUCUCCUUAGACUUUGUUGGCAAAAGCCUUAUAGAAGCAGUAAGAGCCUUGACCACACUGGAAGAGUCCUGGAGAUAAGGCUGGAAGACACUCAGCUCUCUAAGCAGAGGCUCGGCCAAACAUGGGCAUUGAAUGCUGCUUGUCUUCCCAGUGUUGGUUUGAACCCUGUGAGCCUGAGACAGAGAGGGCCAGGCACCAAUCACAAGGUGGGAAAGUCCAUGGGUGGACCCUCCCCCUGGAGGGAAGCAUUUCUAGUUUUCGCUCCUGGACUGUCCAGACUGCACCAAUGUUUAUAAAGCCAUUGAAGGGAUUAUUUCUUGCAUGCAUAUGCUGUAUUUUUUUAAGCAAAUAGAUCAUGGCACCCCAAAAUGAAAGUUACAGAAAGUUUUCUACAACUGUGGAGUUGGUAGCUGGUAACAUUGUUGUCCCAAGAACAACUCACCUCUCUCCCUAGGACAGUUGAACAUGUUUUGUCAUUCAAGAUCAGUCAAGUGCAUUCUGGCAACUGACAUAUUGAUGGAGGAUUGAUUUGGUAGAGAGCAGUAGAAAUCUUGUUCUGACUGCCCAGUGAGAGACUUUGGCCCCCUCCCUCCCUAUAAGGCUGUGGAACCUGAGGAAGUACAUACUUGAAGAGAUUCUGUUUAGGAAGAAACUCACUCUCUUUUGCCAAUUGCAUUUAUAGUGCUUUUUUUUUUUUUCUUACCAAGAUGGCCAGUAUCAUCUUACCCCACCUCCCAAGCCCCAAGAGGUGUACCUUUUCGGAUGCCAUUUUACAGGCGGAAAUGCUCCAUGAAACAGGAAGCCAGUUGCAGGCAACAUCUGCUCUGUUCCUCAGGUGGGGCCCAGAGCCCUUCCCCGACACUGCUGAUGUCCGUAACCACUGGGGAGCAUUGCCAAAAACACAGCUUUCUGGUUUGUGAGCCCAUAAGUGACUUAAAUCAGCUUUACAUCAUUUUUACAUAUCAAGUGGUUUCAUGUUAAAAAACAAACUCCUAGUCCUUUAGAAAUAACAGAUUCUCUGCACAAAACCACCCAUUCAUUCAUUUAUUCAUUCACAUCACUAGCAAGUGCUGCCUGUGCUAAGAACAAGUCAGAGCUGAUCCCUGCCCUCACGGACCUGACCACUCAACAAACAAGUAGUCCCCACCACACAUAUCUCCUUAGGCAAGACUUUGCUUCUCUCCUAGCCCUGAGUAUAAAUCCUGUGCAUAGAUUGCUCCAGAAAGGCAUCAAAAGGCUCAACAGACUGAAUAGCCUCUUGAUCUGCGAAUUCAGUUGCAAUGAGGAUGAAGUCACUAUCCUACAGGCUGGUUGGCCCAGAAGAGCCAGGCACAGAGCUGCAGUUGGCCAUGCCGAGGAUUCCAAAGGUGGAAUGAGAGAGUAGGGUUGAAAUGUCACAGUAUUUGCUCCAUAGGUUUCUGUUUUUAAUUUCAAUGUUAAAUAACUACAAUAUGAGCGAGACCUGCAUUUUCUUGGGUGUUGAGAACUUGUACCAUGGACUUGAGACCGCCUUGCAGCCGUAUGCUGCACAAGCGUGUACACCCCCUGGGCAGCCUCAAAACCCCGCUUACAGCAGCAACACAGGAGAUCAUCUGUCCAUUUUAUAACCAUUCAUCUCUUUAUCCAUUUCUGAACGACUGUGACUAUUCACUAAUGAAAUAAUAGUAAUUAAUUAGUACGGUAUAAUCUUGAAUAAAUUUCGUGCCAAAAUGCAUGGUUUUCCACUUAGCAUUCAAAAUGUUGCAUAGAGAGUAGUUUUCAAUUUCUUAUGUACUCUUCGAAGUAAGUUGAAAAUCAGUUUCUACAUUUUAAUUCGUUUCCUGUUAAAUCUGUUGCACUCUCCUGGGCUGUCUUUUUUUCCAGCAGACCCCUGCAUGCAGUUGUGUAAGGACUUUCUCUAAUUCUUGUGAAUUGUCUCACCCACAGUAACCACUGAACAUCCAUCAGCCCUCCAUGGGGUUCUUUAGAUUUUUGGUGAAGUAUUUUGUUACCUCAGUCUUGUAUCAAGUUGCUGUAUUUUUCAGCUUGUUACAUUGAUAAUAAUUAUUUCACUAAUUAAAUACUUUAAUGUACAACAUCUUUGUUUACUUUGAAAUUAAAUGUGUUUUCCAAUGAA